ACCGCAAUUGAUCAACAUCCGCUCUGGCUGCAGGAUUACGAAAGUGUGUUCGCGCACUUACUAAACUGCGCCACCACUUGCGGGGCAGAUGGGGACACUUUAAUGGCUUUUCUCGCCCGUCAGCUGUCUGCCAGGCCGGUGCGAGUGAGUUGUUUAUCCUGUGUUUCCGUGGUCAGGCUCGCUAGUUCAGGCGGAAUGGACGAGAUGGGGCUCGGACUGAGUCGUUCCCCGCUGGAGCGGCUCGAGUUUGACAACGUCGCGCUCAGAAGGCUUCCCUUGGACCCGCUGGAGGAUCCGGGGGUGAGGCAGGUUAAAGGAGCCUGUUUCUCCCGGGUCAGCCCUCAGCCAGUGACGAAGCCUCGGUUCGUGGCGGUGUCUCAUGAAGCACUUGCUCUGCUGGGACUCAGCGGGGAAGAGGUCCUGAACGACCCACUGGGGCCAGAAUAUCUGAGUGGGUCUAAAAUAAUGCCUGGCUCAGAGCCGGCGGCUCACUGCUACUGCGGUCACCAGUUCGGUCAGUUCGCCGGUCAACUGGGGGAUGGAGCAGCCUGUUAUCUGGGUGAGGUCAAGGUUCCCGCUGGUCAAGAUCCAGCACUUUUACUGGAGAACCCAAGUGGUCGGUGGGAGAUUCAAGUGAAGGGAGCGGGCAUGACUCCUUUCUCAAGACAGGCUGAUGGCCGUAAAGUUCUUCGAUCCAGUAUCAGAGAGUUUCUCUGCAGUGAGGCCAUGUUCUUCCUGGGGAUCCCCACCACCAGAGCUGGCUCCGUCGUCACCUCCGACAGUAAGGUCAUUCGGGACGUCUUCUACAACGGGAAUGCUCGCCAUGAGCGCUGUUCAGUGGUGCUCCGCAUCGCGCCAACCUUCCUCAGGUUUGGUUCCUUUGAGAUAUUCAAGCAGCAAGACGAGUUAACAGGUCGCCAGGGUCCCAGUUAUGGCCGGGACGAGAUCCGUGGGCAGAUGUUGGAUUACGUCAUUGACAUGUUCUACCCUGAGAUACAGCAGAAUCACCAGGACCAGGUGGAAAGAAAUGUGGCUUUCUUCAGGGAGGUGGUGCGGCGCACUGCUCGGCUGGUUGCUCAGUGGCAGUGUGUCGGAUUCUGCCACGGCGUCCUGAACACGGACAACAUGAGCAUCCUGGGCUUAACUCUGGACUACGGACCUUACGGCUUCAUGGACAGGUUCGAUCCAGACUUCAUCUGCAACGCCUCAGACAACUCCGGACGCUACUCUUACAAGGCCCAGCCGGCCAUUUGCAGGUGGAACUUGAUGAAGCUCGCUGAGGCUCUAGAUCCCGAGCUUCCCCCUGAGCAGGCCAACGCAGUUCUGGAAGAUUACCUUGAUCUUUAUAACGGCUUUUACAUGGAGAACAUGAGGAAGAAGCUGGGGUUGUUGAAGAAGGCGGAGCCAGAGGAUGAGCUGUUGGUCACUGAGCUGCUGCAGACCAUGCACAACACAGGUGCUGACUUCACCAAUACGUUCCGCAGUUUAAGUCAGAUCUCUUGUCCUGCUGAAGAGGACGAGGUGGAGGAGGAAGCAGUGAGAGCAGCGACGGACCUCCUCCUGGAGCAGUGUGCUUCACUAGAGGAGAUGAAGGCUGCCAACAAACCCAGCAUGGACCCACGGGAGCUGUCCAUGCUGCUCUCUCUGGCUCAAAGCAAUCCAACGCUCUUCCACAUGAUCUCAGACAGGAUGACCAUAUCUCGACAGCUGGACAGAAUGGCGAGACUAAAGGACUUGAUGGAGAGCAGCGAGGAGGAGCUGAGGGCUAAAAAUGUGGACGAGUGGACCCGCUGGAUCAAAAGAUACCGGAAGCGUCUGUCUGCAGAGCUGGAUGGUCAGAGUGACGUUACGUCCGUGCAGGAAGAGAGAGUCAGUGUGAUGAACAGCUCCAACCCAAGGGUCGUGCUUAGGAACUACAUCGCUCAGAAUGCAAUAGAUGCUGCUGAAAAUGGAGAUUUUACUGAGGUUCAGCGAGUUCUCAAGGUUCUUGAGAAGCCUUUCACUUGCCAGCCAGGUCUGGAGCUUCCCACCUGUGUUGGGAUCCCUCAAGUGAGAGAACGGGACGAGGUAGAGGAUCAGCAAGAGGAAGUGGCGUCCACAUCCACGAGCAGAAAUCCUCUCCCUUACGACAGCAAACCCCCCGUCUGGGCUCAAGAAAUCUGUGUCACAUGAUCUUCGUAGGGGCUUCCAUGAGUAACCCUGGGCUGUUUGACGUGAAGAGUUCCUUGGUCUUCUACUUGGUUGAACUCUUCUACAAAGGCCAGUCAGUCUCAUGGAAGUUCUCUGGAGGAAUGACAACCCACAGGCAACAUCAGUGACAUCUAGUAGUAAAGGAAUCACAUUUGAUGCACGAAUGAAUGCAGGUUCAAAUGGACUGUUUUGCUUGGUUUCUGACUGCUUGGUGUCAGAUGGGUGCUAAUGAUGGCUCAGACAACAAGUCGCACCACGGCCCGUCUGAGUCUGAUGAACUGUGGGGGGUCACCUCAACAUCAUCUGGCUGUCAUGGAACUUAAUGAAACACGCACAAAAUACUCCUCUCCCUGUGUGAUCACUAUUGCUUGUGUAGAACCUUUCCAUGACAUAGCAAGCAUCACGGGUACAAACCAGUGAUUUCAGCAAUAUUAGCCGUCUUCAAUUGUUUUGCCAAAUCUCUUAUUAAACUAGAAAUAUUUUAUUUUGAAUUCUAUUGGAAGAGUUUGUAUACUUCUCUGUAACUAACUUCCCGAGUGUACAAAUAAACUGAGUGGAAUCACA